UUACUAUUUUUAAAAAUAAUUAUUUUAAAGUUUCAUCAGUUAUCAGAUCAUCCGGUGAUAGAUGCGAAUAUACAAAAAUGCUGACAAAGUAACCUAACAAAGCUCGAAUCGGAGAAUUCCAGAUAAAUCUUAUUACACGAAACAUUUUUUUUUUUUUAAGUAAAUUUAGCUUUCCAAAUCUCUUCUCUUUGUCUUGUCUCUUUCUCUCUGUCGGCUCAAGAAAGAACCCUAAAAAUCUCCAGAAAACUAAAAAGCUCCUCCUCCUCCUCCUCAACUACCCCAUUCAACGAUCUGAGUCUUGUCGGGGGGUGUUUUAAAUUGGUUUCCUUUUGAUAUGGUUUAGAAUUUGUGAUCUAAAUGGAAGCUGACGUGUCAAUUUCCUGAAACCCUUAUCGCCAAAAUUUCCAGAAACCGAAAAAAAAAAUCGAAACUUUUUUUCUUCUUGUGUUGUUUGUUCGUUUCGAUUUGUUUUAGGGACGAUGAUGAAUCGUGCUUUGGUCCUACUGCUACUUUUACACGUUUUCACUGUUUCUUGUUUAGCUUCAGCCAAAGUUAUUCUCAUCAGGAACAACCUCACUCUCUCUUUCGAUGACAUCGAAGCUAAUUUUGCUCCGUCAGUGAAGGGUACAGGUGAAAUUGGAGUGGUUUAUGUAGCUGAGCCUCUUGAUGCUUGUCAGAAUCUGAUGAAUAAACCAGAGCAGGGUAGCUCUAAUGAAACCCUUCCUUUUGUGUUGAUUGUAAGAGGAGGUUGUAGUUUUGAAGAGAAAGUGAGAAAAGCUCAGAGAGCUGGUUUUAAAGCUGCUAUUAUCUAUAACAGUGAAGACCAUGGAACCUUGAUUGCAAUGGCAGGUAACUCGGGUGGUAUAAAGAUUCAUGCGGUCUUCGUCACUAAAGAAACGGGAGAAGCCUUGAAGGAGUCUGCUGGUUUCCCCGAUACAAAAGUUUGGUUGAUUCCAAGUUUUGAGAACUCUGCGUGGUCGAUCAUGGCGGUUUCAUUCAUUUCGUUGCUAGCAAUGUCUGCUGUUCUCGCUACUUGUUUCUUUGUCCGUAGGCAUCGUAUUAGAAGGCGGACAACAUCUCGGUCUUCUCGAGUCCGUGAGUUCCACGGGAUGAGCCGCCGCUUGGUUAAAGCAAUGCCGACUCUUGUAUUCAGUUCUUUCCACGAAGACAACACUACUGCAUUCACUUGUGCUAUUUGCCUCGAAGACUACACUGUUGGAGACAAGCUUAGGCUCUUACCUUGCUGCCACAAGUUUCAUGCUGCGUGUGUUGACUCAUGGUUAACCUCUUGGAGAACGUUCUGUCCAGUAUGCAAACGAGAUGCAAGAACGAGCACAGGCGAGGCUCCAGCUUCAGAGAGCACGCCAUUGCUCUCAUCCGCUGGAUCGUCUUUCAACUCUUCCUCUCUACACUCUUCCGUCAGAUCAUCCGCGCUAUUGAUCGGUCCUUCGAUGGGCUCAUUACCUUCUUUCUCUCCCGCAUACGCGAGCUCAUCAUAUAUCAGACAAUCUUUCCAGUCUUACUCUAACCGUAGAUCUCCUCCAAUAAGCGUAAGUCGUAGCUCUGUGGAUCUCAGGCAACAAGGAGCUUCUCCAUCACCAUCACCAUCACCAUCACCAUCACCAUCAUACAUUUCCCAUAUGGCUUCUCCACAGUCACUGGGAUACCCGACUAUCUCCCCUUUCAACACGAGGUACAUGUCACCGUACAGGCCUAGUCCGAGCAAUGCGUCACCUGCAUUGCCUGGAUCAUCGAAUUAUCAGUUCCAUCCACUACGUUACAGUGAAUCAGCCGGAACUUUCUCUCCAUACGCCUCUGCAAACUCGCUUCCCGACUGUUAAAUCAACAACAACAAGCGGUCUUGGUUCUGCACUUCCUGGUCAUAUAAGAUUAUUUGAUUUUGCAUUUUGAGUUUUUACUACGAAAACUUACGUGUGGUGCUUGUGUGUGUGUGUGUAACGAUGCUCUUUAUAGUUCUUUUGGUUGAGAUGAACAUCUUUCGGGUUUAGGUUAGAGAUUUUUAAUACUUUCACAAUACACACAAACUCUGUUCCUUUGUAGAAAAAUAUGAGCUAUGUAUGUGUAUAUA